CCUCACCUCACCUCAUCUCAUCCUCUCCAACCCGCCUCUCGCGCAUACACCAUGUCCAAGUCGCAGGGAGCUCUCAUCGUGGGAGCAGCCAUCGGGUUUGGCUGCCUCUUCAGCGGCUUCAAAAUCGUGGGCAAGAACUACGGCACGAAGAUGCCCGUGCUUCGCGACUUUGAUGCAGCUACCAACUUCCACGACCCGCAAUUCGCCGCAUCCUUUGUUGCUGGGCUCAUCGGGUCGCUGAUUGUGCUUUACUUCUCUUUUGCUGGGAACAAGGCCCGCCCCAUCCUCAACCCCAAGGAGUGGCAGAACUUCAACCUCAUGGAGCGCAAGCGCAUCUCAAGCAACACUUCGCUGUAUCGCUUCCGCCUGCCUCGUACCGACAACAUUCUCGGUCUCCCCAUUGGCCAGCACAUCUCCCUCCAGGCCGAGAUCGACGGCAAGAACGUCAUGCGAUCCUACACGCCCACCUCGUCCGACGAUGACCUGGGCUUUUUCGAUUUGAUCGUCAAGACGUACCCGAAUGGCAACAUCUCCAAGGUGCUCGAUGAGCUCAGAAUUGGAGAGCCCAUUCAGGUGCGAGGGCCCAAAGGUCAGAUGAAGUACUCCCCGGACCUGGCCAAGAAGAUCGGCAUGAUCGCCGGCGGGACGGGCUUCACACCUUGCCUCCAGAUCAUUCGUGCAGCCCUCAAGGACCCCAACGAUAAGACUCAAAUCGACUUCAUCUACGCAAAUGUCAACGAGGAGGACAUCCUCCUCAAGGAAGAGCUGGACCGUCUCGCCCUCCAGCACGCAGACAGGUUCCGUGUCAUCUACUUCCUCAACAACCCGCCUGAGGGAUGGAAGGGAGAGACGGGCUUCGUGAGCAAGGAGGCAAUUCAAGAGAAGCUGCCUGGCCCGAAGGAGGAGGGUAUCAAGAUCAUGAUGUGCGGGCCCCCGCCGAUGAUGAAGGCUUGCCAGAAGCAUUUGGAGGAGCUGGGCUACCAGAAGCCGAGACCUGUUAGCAAGUUGGAGGACCAGGUCUUCUGUUUCUAAGCAGGCGGAGAAGCGCAGGAUUCAGGAGGGUUCGCCAUUGGAUGGGUACUUGAAGGAUGUACCGAAGCCGUAGCAGCUGCGACGAGGGAGAGGGGACGUCGCGAGCAGAGGAUUCUUGCUGCUGUGGAGGCACAAUUUGGCGGAUGAUGGGUAGAGCUUUGACAUGAUAGAGGACGGGUGAAGAGCUGGCAUAGGACGACGGUACGGCACAGGCAGGGAAGAGACACAUCGUAAGCGGCAUGACCGCUUGAGAGCAUUCGACCAUUGAAAUAAUCUUGUCAACGAUAAUGCAAUUCGUCGAUUGAAUGCUAUCGAGUCGAGCCG